GUCCAAACACCCCAACAACGCCGCGCAAACGAGGCCUUUGCAAAGAAACAAGAAGUCAAGCGUGGAAAGCCCGAGCCUGCCGUCAAGAAGGCUGUUCCUCAAAAGAGUCCCAUUAGCAAGGGUUGGCUUNUGGAGAUACAGAAGCUGAUCAGUGUUGUUGCAGUCGCCUUGCUGUUCGUCGUGUGUGGUGGUCUCAUCUUUGAGUUGUUGCGCAUCAUCGUUGGGUACUUCUGA